GGGUAAUUAGUGGAGUGACAGAGUGUUGAAAAACAAGUGCAUUGGUUUUGCAGAAAUAGGAAAGGGAUCUCAACGGACAGCUCGGAAAUGAAGACUAAUGAGGAGUGGAAAUGGUUUGACAUGCAAGGCUCCGAGCUGCUUGUUGCGUCACCACUUCCAUUACAAGAUUCCUCUUUUAAAUCCCACAAUCCCUCUAUCCCUACAACCACACUAACUACUACUACUACACUAACACCUCAAGAACCCCAAGAGAAGAGAGUAGAAAUAAUAAUGGAGGGUUCUGAGAGAGAGAAGCCUAGCUCUCCUCCUCCCACUGUUGCCUUUGGGGACCUCUUCAGAUUCGCAGAUGGUUUGGACUAUGUUCUAAUGGGAAUUGGAAGUCUGGGUGCCUUCGUUCAUGGUUUUUCUUUGCCACUCUUCCUUAGAUUCUUCGCAGAUCUUGUUAAUUCUUUUGGCUCUUAUGCUAACGAUGUUGAUAAAAUGACUCAGGAAGUUUUGAAGUAUGCGUAUUACUUCCUUGUAGUGGGAGCUGCAAUAUGGGCAUCUUCAUGGGCAGAGAUUUCUUGCUGGAUGUGGACUGGGGAGAGACAGUCAACCAAAAUGAGGAUAAAGUACUUGGAGGCUGCUCUCAACCAAGACAUUCAAUAUUUUGAUACUGAGGUGCGCACUUCAGAUGUUGUUUUUGCCAUCAACACUGAAGCAGUGCUGGUCCAAGAUGCCAUUAGUGAGAAGUUGGGGAAUUUCAUUCACUAUAUGGCAACAUUUGUGUCUGGGUUUGUGGUUGGGUUCACAGCAGCAUGGCAAUUAGCUUUGGCCACUCUUGGUGUGGUUCCUCUCAUAGUUGUGAUUGGGGCAAUUCACACUAUGACCUUAGCCAAGCUCUCUGGGAAGAGCCAAGAAGCCCUUUCAAAAGCAGGGAACAUUGUGGAACAGACUGUAGUUCAAAUUCGAACCGUGCUGGCGUUUGUUGGCGAGUCGAGAGCAUUGCAGGCCUACUCUGCAGCACUGAAGGUUACUCAGAAGAUUGGAUACAAGGUUGGGUUUUGCAAAGGUCUGGGACUGGGAGCUACAUACUUCACCGUUUUCUGUUGCUAUGCCCUUUUGCUGUGGUAUGGAGGCUAUUUGGUUAGGCACCAUUUAACCAAUGGAGGACUUGCAAUAGCCACAACUUUUGCUGUCAUGCUUGGUGGAAUAGGAUUAGGCCAAUCAGCACCAAGUAUGGCAGCAUUUGCAAAGGCUCGAGUUGCAGCUGCAAAAAUUUUCCGCAUAAUAGAUCACAAGCCAAGCGUUGACAGAAACAGCGAAACGGGUUUGGAGUUAGAUUCUGUUACUGGACAAUUGGAGCUAAAGAAUGUAGAUUUCUCGUACCCUUCAAGGCCAGAUGUUCAAAUUCUUAACAAUUUCUCCCUCACGGUUCCUGCUGGGAAGACGAUAGCCCUGGUUGGAAGCAGUGGCUCUGGAAAAAGCACUGUGGUCUCUCUUAUUGAGAGAUUUUACGACCCCACCUCAGGACAAGUUCUGCUAGAUGGGCAUGAUAUAAAGACGUUAAAGCUGAGAUGGCUGAGACAGCAAAUCGGGCUAGUAAGCCAAGAGCCAGCACUCUUUGCCACCACGAUCAAAGAAAACAUACUGUUGGGUAGGCCCGGUGCUAGUGAUGCUGAGGUUGAAGCGGCUGCUCGGGUUGCCAAUGCCUAUUCUUUCAUAAUCAAGCUUCCUGAUGGCUUUGAUACUCAGGUAGGAGAGAGGGGGUUACAGUUAUCGGGUGGACAGAAGCAGAGAAUAGCGAUAGCAAGGGCAAUGCUUAAGAACCCGGUGAUCCUUCUUUUGGAUGAGGCAACGAGUGCAUUGGAUUCCGAGUCGGAAAAGCUAGUGCAAGAGGCUCUGGACAGAUUCAUGAUAGGAAGAACGACACUUGUGAUUGCCCAUCGGCUAUCUACCAUCCGAAAAGCUGACCUUGUGGUGGUUCUGCAGCAAGGUAGUGUAUAUGAAAUUGGAACCCAUGAUGAGCUGAUUGGCAAAGGAGAGCAUGGAGUAUAUGCAAAACUUAUCAAAAUGCAAGAAGCGGCUCACGAAACAAUCAUGAAUAACGCCAGAAAGAGUAGUGCAAGGCCUUCCAGUGCCAGAAACUCUGUGAGUUCUCCAAUAAUAACCAGAAACUCUUCCUACGGGCGAUCACCAUAUUCUCGCCGUUUGUCUGACUUCUCUACCUCUGACUUUAGCCUCUCGCUAGAUGUUGCCUAUCCUAAUUAUAGACAAGAAAAACUUGCAUUCAAGGAGCAAGCGAGUUCUUUUUGGCGGCUUGCAAAAAUGAACUCUCCCGAGUGGGGUUAUGCUUUCAUUGGUUCCAUAGGGUCUGUCGUCUGUGGUUCUCUUAGUGCAUUCUUUGCCUAUGUCCUGAGUGCUGUUCUUAGUGUCUACUACAACCCAGACCACGCCUACAUGAGCAGAGAAAUCGCAAAGUAUUGUUAUCUUUUAAUUGGCGUCUCAUCUGCUGCUCUCAUUUUCAACACGUUACAACAUUUAUUCUGGGACGUUGUGGGGGAGAACUUGACCAAAAGGGUAAGGGAGCAAAUGCUGACAGCAGUGCUGAAAAACGAAAUGGCUUGGUUUGAUCGGGAAGAAAACGAGAGUUCCAAGAUUGCAGCGAGGCUUUCUCUGGAUGCAAACAAUGUCAGAUCGGCCAUUGGUGACCGAAUCUCAGUAAUUAUGCAGAACUCAGCUCUCAUGCUAGUUGCAUGCACUGCGGGGUUCGUGUUGCAGUGGCGCCUAGCCCUCGUGUUAAUUGCAGUUUUCCCGGUGGUCGUUGCUGCAACUGUUUUGCAGAAAAUGUUCAUGAAAGGAUUCUCUGGAGAUCUCGAAGCUGCUCAUGCCAAAGGCACACAGCUGGCUGGAGAAGCCGUUGCAAAUGUAAGAACCGUUGCUGCGUUUAAUUCAGAAACAAAAAUCGUCAGUCUUUUCACUGCCAAUCUCGAUCCUCCACUAAGACAAUGCUUCUGGAAGGGACAAAUUGCUGGAAUUGGGUAUGGAAUAGCCCAAUUCUUGCUCUAUGCUUCCUACGCUGUCGGUCUUUGGUAUGCCUCCUGGCUUGUUAAGCACCAAAUCUCGGACUUCUCCAAGACAAUCCGUGUUUUCAUGGUUCUCAUGGUAUCUGCCAAUGGGGCAGCCGAAACACUGACUCUAGCCCCUGACUUUAUAAAGGGUGGCCAGGCAAUGAGGUCAGUUUUUGACCUCCUUGACAGGAAAACCGAAAUUGAGCCCGAUGAUACAGAUGCCACCACUGUCCCUGACAAACUUCGCGGGGAGGUUGAGUUCAAGCAUGUAGACUUCUCAUAUCCCUCUCGGCCCGAUGUUCCAAUUUUCAAGGACUUGAGCCUCCGUGCUCGAGCUGGUAAAACUCUUGCUCUUGUUGGCCCGAGUGGGUGUGGGAAAAGCUCGGUUAUUGCACUUAUACAGAGAUUUUACGAGCCAACAUCUGGACGGGUCAUGGUCGAUGGCAAAGACAUCAGAAAAUACAAUCUGAUGUCUUUAAGGCGCCACGUUUCUGUAGUUCCACAAGAGCCCUGCCUCUUUGCUGCAACCAUAUACGAAAACAUUGCUUACGGGCAUGAAUCAGCAACUGAAGCGGAGAUCAUCGAAGCAGCUACCUUAGCAAACGCUCACAAAUUCGUGUCAGCAUUGCCUGAUGGGUACAAGACGUUUGUCGGGGAAAGAGGAGCCCAACUGUCAGGAGGGCAGAAGCAAAGAAUCGCGGUUGCCCGGGCCUUCUUAAGGAAAGCGGAGGUGAUGCUGCUGGAUGAAGCCACGAGCGCCCUCGAUGCAGAGUCAGAACGGUGCGUGCAAGAGGCUCUAGAGCGGGCCUGUGCAGGAAAGACGACGAUCGUGGUUGCACAUAGGCUAUCCACAAUCACAAAUGCACAUUCCAUUGCAGUCAUAGACGACGGGAAAGUAGCAGAACAAGGCUCUCACUCUCAUCUCCUGAAACACCACCCUGACGGGGUUUAUGCUCGUAUGAUACAAUUACAACGAUUCUCUCAUGGGUUGGGAAGCUCAACCUCUUCAGGCCCCAGCAGAGAAGAUCAAGGUUGAAAGUCCACAAGAUAUGAGUAUGUAUACCUCUCAUACGCCUUAGUAUUUUUCUUUGGAUCCCACUCUUGUGUUCACUUUCUUGGUAAAGCUAGCAAGUAUAGUAUAUAGCAGCCUGUUCAUUAAUCUAAUAUCCUAAUUUAUGUUUUCACUUCA